AUGGAGCAUGAAAGUCACUCCUUUAAUCAUACUCGUUCGACACAACCAAACUCUACUGGUAAUGGAACCACAAACAUUGAAAACGCCAACAGUAACAUGAACAACAAUAUUGGUACGAGAAAUGAGAACCAACGUUUACAAGGAACAAUGGACGAGGAAAUGCAUAUGCCUAUCAAGAGUGUGACAAAAAUCAUGCAGCAGGCUAUUCCCUCGAAUGGAAGAAUCUCUAAGGAUGCCAAGGAGUCAGUUCAAUUGUGUGUGACUGAAUUUAUGAACAUCAUCACAAGUGAGGCUAAUGAACGAUGUAAGGCAGAGAGUCGUAAGAUCAUUACAGGUGAAGAUUUAAUAUGGGCCAUGAAUAGGUUGGGCUUUGAGGACUAUGUUGACCCUCUUCUUUUAUACCAUAAAAAAUAUAUCAAUCAUGAGACUCAACUCAAGAGCAUGUCGAUUGAACAUGAGUUCAACAAGGAUGGGUCAGGUGCUAGUGGCUCCAACAAUGAUGGUGAUAGUGGCCAAAAUUGA